ACGUGAAGUGAGUCACUAAAGGAGCUGUCACGCACCUUAAACACUUUAAAUUUUGAUUUGGCACAAUUAAAACCAAUUUAUUUUAAUCACAAGUCGUACAAUUAAUAUAAUCAGACACGUUCACUAGUUUUAAUAUGAUGUUCUGGACUUGGACAAUUAAUUUUUGGCGACUGCAGCUAACUUCACAUCAGUUGGAUUAAUCCUAACCUCAAAAUAAAAAAAUGUCACAAAUAAACAAUUCCCUGUAAUUAGUUUACAGAUCAAAAAUUUGCCAAAAUGAGUUAUAAUUCGGGAGACGAACAAAGUGAGGAUGGAGAGUUGAGGCAAAGUCCGGAAACUUCGAGACAGAAGGAUGAAACGAUGGACUUCAGUUUGUCCGAAGAAGAUGGUGAAAACAUCGAUUCACUAGACAUCAAGCCUCCUCAAGCCCGAGUGUCUUCCCAAAGUUCGCGGAACAAACGUCGUGAGGGUCACGAGAGUCGUUCCCACCACAAACGUUCAGAGCGUCAUCGCGAAGAAAGACAUUCCCAUCGUGAAAAACAUCAUCGAGACAAGCAGUCGCGGUCAAACAAGGAGCGUGAACAUUAUCAAAGGGAAAAAGAACGUUACUACCGUGAACAAAUGGCUUACAGCGAACUUCAAUAUUACCGAGAACGAAAGGAGGAUCCUUCAAGAUCAAGACAUUCAGAUGCGCGAAAAUAUGAAGAAAAGAAAGUCAAAGAGGGACGUGGGGCUGACAAACACAGAAGGUAUGAGGAAGAAAAGAGAGAUAGAGCAGAUAAGACACUGCAGGAUUUAAGGGAGAGGUUGCUGAGCAAGAGGACGACUAAAGGUGACGAUUUGGAUAAAGGUGAAAGAGAAAAGGAUAAAAAGUACAGAGAGGUAGAGACACUUGAUAGUGCGCUACAAGGCGAAGCGGGGAUGUACGUGAAAGAAAUUAUUAAUAUAAGUACGGGAGAAGAACAUAAGAGACAUAAGAGAGAAGAAAAAGAAGAGAAAUUAACGGAAGAAGAAAGGGCGCAACAGGAAUUAAGGAAAGAGAAAUUGUUAGAAGCUGAGCGCGAAAUGGCCAGAAUGAAGGAACAAUCAAGGAUGGAAAGAGAAAGACGCCAUCUGGAAAAAGCAGCCAAACGAAAGCAACAAGACGACGAAGAUUUUUACAAUAAGAGAUUAAGAGUGGAGGAGUCGAACGUCGUCAUGGUUUCAGACAACUCAGAUGAAGAAAUGGAGGUUCAAUACGACGAGACUGACAACAAGAGCGAUCAUAGUGAAGAAAGUGCGAGGAGCAGCACCAACUCUAGGCACUCUCGAUCUGACCAUUCUUCCGAUUCAAGGGAACGAAGCGUUUCCUCGGAACGGAAAUCACGAUGUAGGAGUGUAAGCAGCGAGCGUUCGGCGUCAGUCUCACCAAAAAAUGGCCGCGAACCGUCUGAAGAAAAAGAAACCGUUGAAGAUAACGAGAAGAAAGAGGAGAUUAACAAACCGAAGAUUGAUGAAGAUUUGCCUCCGUAUUACCCAGCGGUGCAGGGCUGCCGGUCGGUGGAAGAAUUCCAGUGUUUGAAUCGGAUUGAAGAAGGCACCUAUGGGGUGGUAUACAGGGCCAAAGAUAAAAGAACUGAAGAUAUUGUGGCUUUAAAAAGACUGAAAAUGGAGAAAGAGAAGGAGGGGUUCCCGAUUACAUCGCUACGUGAAAUUAACACUCUUUUGAAAGGACAACACCCGAAUAUUGUCACAGUGAGAGAAAUUGUUGUUGGUAGCAACAUGGACAAGAUUUUCAUCGUAAUGGAUUACGUGGAACACGAUUUGAAAUCGUUAAUGGAGACAAUGAGACACAAAAAACAAAAUUUUAUGCCGGGGGAAGUCAAAUGUCUUCUCAAACAAUUGCUACUGGCCGUGGCACACUUACAUGACAAUUGGAUUUUGCACCGAGACUUAAAAACUUCAAACCUUUUACUCUCCCAUAAGGGGAUUCUAAAAGUUGGAGAUUUUGGUUUGGCGAGAGAGUAUGGCUCGCCCUUGAAGGCUUACACUCCUAUUGUUGUAACUUUGUGGUACAGAGCCCCAGAGUUGCUUUUAUGUACGAAAGAAUAUUCAACUCCUAUCGAUAUGUGGUCUGUGGGGUGCAUUUUCGCCGAACUUCUCCUGAUGAACGCACUUUUCCCUGGAAAAUCCGAAGUGGAUCAACUUAAUAGAAUCUUCCGUGAUUUGGGGACUCCUAGUGAGAAAAUCUGGCCCGGAUUUAAUAAACUACCGGCCGUGCAAAAAAUGAAAUUUAGCGAUUACCCUGUCUCGAAUUUGCGUACUAAAUUCAGCAUGUUAACGGAUUUAGGGUUAAAUUUGUUAACCAAGUUUUUGACUUUUGAUCCCGCUCAAAGAGUCACAGCGGAGGAAGCUUUGCAACAUACUUAUUUCAAUGAAGCGCCGCUCCCCAUUGAUCCUGCAAUGUUUCCAACUUGGCCGGCCAAAAGUGAAUUAGGUCAGAAAAGGGCUUUAGCUGCGAGUCCCAAACCGCCAAGUGGGGGUGGAGAAUAUAAGAAAUUGGGAGGCGAUGGUGACGAUGACGGUUACGGAUUCCGGAUAGGGAUGGGUGUGGACAAUAGAAGAAUGGGGGGCGGGUUCAGUCUCAAGUUUUAGUGCUAAUUAUAAUUUAUAAUGUAUAUUACAAGAAAAAGUA